GUUAUCUCCCCUGUAGACAUAGGUCAAGGUCAAUCUUGAUCAUGGCAGAAAAACCCAUUCAGACAACUGAGGAAAAGGCUCCCUGGCCUAAUACAAAAGACGAUUACGAGCUGAAAGAUGUCAUUGGUGCUGGUGCUACUGCUGUUGUACAAGGAGCUAUUUGUAAACCUAGAAAUGAGAGAGUUGCUAUAAAGAGAAUAAACUUGGAGAAAUGUAACACAACAGUGGAAGAACUGCUGAAAGAGAUACAGGCUAUGAGUCAGUGUAAACAUGAGAAUGUUGUGGGAUACCAUACAUCAUUUGUUGUGAAGGAGGAAUUAUGGGUUGUGAUGAAACUCUGUAGUGGUGGUUCUAUGUUAGACAUUAUAAAAAAUAGAAUGAGGACAGGAAAUUGGAAAAAUGGAGUAUUUGAUGAAGUUACCAUAGCAACAGUUCUUAAAGAAGUACUUAAAGGGUUAGAAUAUUUCCACAACAAUGGACAGAUCCAUAGAGAUAUCAAAGCAGGGAAUAUAUUACUGGGUGAAGAUGGGGCAGUGUAUAUAGCUGACUUUGGAGUCAGUGCUUGGUUAGCGACAGGAAAGGAUCAAACAAGAGACUCAGUAAGACAUACAUUUGUUGGAACACCCUGCUGGAUGGCACCAGAAGUUAUGGAACAGGUCACUGGUUAUGACUUUAAAGCAGAUAUUUGGAGUUUUGGUAUUACUGCAAUAGAACUUGCCACAGGAACAGCUCCAUAUCAUAAAUUCCCUCCAAUGAAGGUGCUGAUGCUUACGUUACAGAAUGAUCCCCCUGCCCUUGACACUGGAGCUGAUGAUAAAGAACAGUAUAAAUCUUAUAGUAAAGUCUUCCGCAAAAUGGUUUCUGAAUGUCUGAAAAAAGAACCAGAAAAAAGGCCAACAGCUAAGCAGUUAUUAAAGAAUGAAUUCUUCAAGAAAGCAAAGGAUAAAACCUACCUAGUAAAAACUUUAUUGUCAGAGGGCAACUCAGUUAAACCACAAAGGGUAAAGAGAGUUCCAGGAUCGAGUGGCAGAUUACAUAAGCUAGAGGAUGGAGAAUGGGAGUGGUCAGAUGAUGAAUACGAAGAGGGGGAUGCUGAGGAUGAGGCUCAUAGAGUCAGUCAGUCUCCAAGAGUAUCCUUGUCAGAAAGGUCUUCUGAGGAAUCUGAUAAAGUGCAAAAGGAAUCAGAUAAAAUGCAAACCAUACCAAAGCCAGAUAAUUUACCAACACCUACUCAAUCACAGGAAACCAUACAAUCAGACUCAUCAUCAUCAACAACUAUUGGUACGUCAGUGGAAAGUGUUGUAGAAGCUAAAAAACCAGAAGAAGAAGUACCCACAGCUUCUUCAGCUGUGUCAUUAAACCUAGUUUUACGGUUAAGGAAUGAGAAGAGAGAAUUAAAUGAUAUAAAGUUUGAUUACACUCCUGGUCAAGAUACUGCUGAUAGUGUAUCCAGAGAAAUGGUAGAAGCGGGUUUAGUAGAUGGCAAGGAUAUGAUUGUUGUUGCAGCUAAUUUACAGAAAAUAAUUGAUACUGGUUUAAAGACAAUAACAUUUGGCCUGAAUUCCGGCUGUGGGCCAAACGAAGCUCCUUGUGACAAGGCUCUGGUAGGAUUUGCCCAGCUUUCUGUAUUAGAGGCCUCAUCGUAACAGGGAACAUUUGAUAGUAUUUUAUAAUCUGUGAUACUGUUCAGGACUAGAGAAUUCAGAAGGAUUGUUUGCAUGUUAUAAUGUACUUACAAUAAUAUAUUACAUUCAAUGAGGCUACUGCAAUUAACAGCAUAUGAAAGACUUCUGACGGGAUAGUUUUUAUGGCCCUGCCACUAAGUUGUUGGGGCUAUAUAGUUUACCCUUGUCCGUCAUUCUGUCAUUCUGUAACGAACAGUUAUACAGACUUUUUUAAACACCUUCACAUAUAAAGCUGAUUUAUAUUAUGUGAGUCUACUAUAAUGGGUUAACGAUCAAGGUUACGUUUGGUUCCGCUCCCCUGAUUUUUGCCAAAAUUACGGGCUUUUGACUUUGAAAAAUUUUAUGAAAAUAACACUUAUACAGACUUUUUUCUAUUAAAACACCUUCACAUGCUGAGCUGAAAUUAGUUUGUGAGUCUACUGUGAUGAGUUACAGAUCUAGUUAACGUUUUGUUCUGUUCCGCUGUAUUUUGCUGAAAUUACAGGCUUUGGCCUUUGAAAAUUCAUGAAAAUAACAGUUAUAUGGGCUUUUUUUCUAAACACCUUCACAUAUUGAGCUGAGUAUGUGAGUCUACUAUGAAGAGUGACAGAUUGAGUUUAUGUUUGGUUCCUCUCCUCUGAUUUUUGCUGAAAUUACAGGCUUUGGACUUUGAAUAUUUCAUAAAAAUAACUCCUAAAAAUGGCUUCAAACUUUUUUUUGUGAGCGGGGCCAUUUGUGUCGUUCCAACACAUCUAGUCUUUAAAAAGCAUGGUUGCAAAAUAAGUUACCUUAGAUUUUAUAUAAAGCACAUAUUGCAUCUGAAAAAAAAGUGAAUAUUCUCUGGUCCUAGUGAGCAUUCUAGAACCUCUGGUCCUAGUGAGCAUUCUAGAACCUCUGGUCCUAGUGAGCAUUCUAGAACCUCUGGUCCUAGUGAGCAUUCUAGAACAAUCUUUAUAAUUUGUACUGUACUUUGUACUGAUCUUUAUUGUUUAUUUAAUGGGUUAUUACUUUAAAGAAUUUGUUAAAAGUCAAGUAAAACAUAUUUUUAUUAUAUGACCCCCAAAACAUUUGAAUGGAUAUUAUAGAUCUGUUGUCUAUAUAUAGACAUAGAGAGUCUAUAGGAUAUCCUAAAUCUAUGAAAUUUAAUAGAAAAUAGAGAUCUCAGACAGUCAAGGGUAAGAUUUCUUGUCUCCUGAGGCUUGUCUCAGUCAUAAGUUUUUGGAAGUGUUUGGUAUUUUCCAGUCUUGCUAGUGAUAACCAAUAACAAGAUAGAUAUAUAUGUUCUGUUUCAACCACAUUUUUUUUCCAGAUACCUAGAAAAUAGAGAAAAGCAAGUAAUUACAACUAUGACAAAAAUGCCAAUACAUGUAUAUAGAUUUUUAAUUCAAUUUCAAAUUAGACUACUUUUUUUUAUUGAAAUUCUGUUAUAUUUAUUUGUAGAAAAAUAUAAGGAAUUUUGAUUUUUUUUAAUAGAGAAAAUGGCAUGAUAGACUACCCUCAAAACACAAGUAAUUUAUAUAUUGCACAUAAAAAGUGAAAUCAAAGUAUUUGCAGGUUUAGCAUUAAAUCUUAGGGAUUUUCAUCGUAUAGAAAUAGAAACAUUCCAGAUAAUUAUGGCUAAAUAAAUUUUAGUAACAAUUUAUGGCUUAAACUUUUGUUUACUUGUUUGAUAUAUAUAUAUAUUGCUCCAACUCUUAGUCUGUUUUAACUUGCCCAGUUGAUUAUAUUUUUUUUUGUUCAUUUGAUUUCUGUCUUCUUUGGUCCAAAAUUAAUAUUGAUGUCAAAUUUUAUUGCUUUCUUCUGAAAUUUCUAUUGUGAGGUCACAAAAAGGAGACCAUGCCUAAUGACUUCACUUAAAAAGAACUCAUCAUUUUGCUGAUUGUUGCAAAAGAAAGAUAGAAAUUUGUUUUUCAAAAUUUUGAUUUUCCCAAGAAGGUGAACAUUGAUACAGGUUUAUUAUUUCUAAGGCAUUUUAUAGGAAUCAUAAACCUUGAUAUUUUGUUAUUCUAAUGUCAUGUGUUAAUUAUUUAUAACAUAUUGAUCUCAUGCUAUUAUACACAAUAUUAUAUUUACCAUUAUCAAACCAGAACUAUUUUCCUCUUGAAGUUACACUAAAUUGAUCAAAAUAUUCAGCAAAUUGUUUAUGAAAUUUUAUAAAAGCAUUACUGUUGAAAGGCCAAAAAAUAAAUUAGGAAAUAUGAAACAUUAAAAUAUAUUAAAAUAUUGAAAUUAACAUUGUGUUUUAAAAGAAAAUUUGUGAUUAGAUUUCAUACCUAACUUUUACCUUGUUUAUUGUAAAUAUUUGACAAGAUUCUUGAUAAUUUUGUGUCGUCCUAUUUUUCUGUAUCUUCAAAUAGAAUAAGAAGUCAGUUGUUGAUAUUGGAUGAUAAGAGUAUUAUAUUUUCAAAUAACACCUAAAGUUUUUCAGUUUAAGGAAAUGAUUCCAAACUUCAACUUUAUAAAGUGUUUUACCCAUUGGUUAUGUAAAAUUUUAAAUCUUGCAUAAACAGUGAUACCAUUCCCAUAUAAAACAUAUUUGAAUCCACAUUUCAUAUAGAUAUUUUUUAGAAACCUUGCACCACAUUAUCUUGAGAAAAUUAAAAGAAAUCUUUUUAUAGGUAAAAGUUUUUCUUCAGAUUCUAGUUUUGAAUGAUGCCAAUUCUCAAUUUUCAUUGAUUUUAAAAUAGUAAUUAUCAAUGACAAUGCACUGAAAUAUGUGACGUAUACUCAAUAUUAAUUGUUAAGCAGAAUCUGUCAAUGUUAUUACCUUGUAACAAGUACACAGCAAGUUAGAGUGAAAACAGUAUUAAGGUACACAGAUUCUUUGAUGAAUUGAUAACCAUUUGUGAAGCAUGAUCUAUGAAUAAUUAAUCAAGAUUAUAUAAACUUCAGAGCUUCGACUGCAGCCUGGGUCCUGGAUGCAAUUUUGUUUUUUCUUAAAUUGCUUUAACGAAAGUAAAGGCAUUUGUCUUCUGGAAAUGCUUUUCUGUUUAAUGCUUUGCAAAACCAUAAAUGAAGUAUACUGAAGAUUUGAGAGCAAUAUUUCUUAUCUGGUUGUGUGUGAACUUUGAAUAUGUGUGUCACAUAGCGGGACUGUUGCUUUUGCCUAAUAACUACCUCCAAAUAAAAAUGUAUAACUAAAUCCGACGCAUUUUUCUGAAACUAGAUUGAACUUUAUUCGAGUUAAUAAAUUAUAUCUGAUUCUGUGUGAUAUUGAUGCAUGCAUUUAUAGUUAUUAUUUAUAUUAUUGAUGACAGUAAGAAGCUGAAAUAGCUGGACAUAACCAAGCCUUGAAUAACAUGUAUUGUAAUUACUUGAGAAUAUCCUUAGUUUUCCCAAAGUUUAAGUCUAUGUUUAUAAUGUUUAAAUCGAAUUUCAAAAGACUAAAUUUUACAUUUUAGCAGAAAACAUCUGCUGUACAAAUUCUGUCUUACAAUUGAGCAAUGUUUGGUAUUUGUAUGUUUUUCUUUUCUUUCAAAGACUUUCACAUAAACAAAUGGUGAAAGCAGAAAGUUGGGAGUUGGGAGUUGCUUACCCUACAUGGAGACCAAAGGUUAAGGUAGUAAUCUUCACCAGCAAAGGACAUUGUAUAUUUAAGCUACAUUGUCUAAUUAGAGAUAUGAUCUAUUCCAGCAAAUGACAUUGUAUAUUUAAGCUACAUUGUCUAAUUUGAGAUAUGAUCAAUUUCAGCAAAUGACAUUGUAUAUUUAAGCUACUUUGGCUAAUUAUUGUAAUGAUCUAUUCCAGCAAAUGACAUUGUAUAUUUAAGCUACAUUGUCUAAUUAGAGAUAUGUUUGAUUCCAGCAAAUGACAUUGUAUAUUUAAGCUACAUUGUCUAAUUAGAAAUGUGAUUGAUUCCAGCAAAUUACAUUGUAUAUUUAAGCUACAUUGUCUAAUUAGAAAUAUGAUUGAUUCCAGCAAAUGACAUUGUAUAUUUAAGCUACUUUGGCUAAUUAAGGUAAUGAUAUAUUCCAACAAACGACAUUGUAUAUUUUAACAAAUAAGGAAAUGUUAUAUUCCAGCAAAUUACAAUGUAUAUUAAAGCUACACUAUUUGAUCAAAGUAAUGAUCUGUUCCAGCAAAUGACAUUAUAUAUUUAAGCUACUUUGUCAAUUUUGUUAUUGUUACAUUGCAUUUCAUAGGAUAACAAUAAACUUUAAAAAAUCUUCA